AUGACAACAGUCGAACAAUUGAAAAAAGUUGGUCAUGUGGUAAUGAUUUCGCCACCAUUCUUCGGUCAUAUUAUUCCAUUAUUGGAUCUUGGCAAACGUUUAUCUGUGCAUCAUCAUGUUACUUAUAUUGUAUCGGCAUCGAAACUCGAUGGAAUUAAACAGCGUGGAUUUCUCGUCGAUAAUGAAAACAACAAAACGAACGAUUCCACUCGAUCUGAAAUCGAAUUCAUCGGCAUAUUUGAUAAUAACGAUAGUGACUAUGAAGUGAAGACUAUCGCACGUGUCAAACAAUGGUUAGAUAGACAAUGGAAAUUAGCAAAUGAAUCACCGUCGGUUAUUUAUGUUGCCUUCGGUUCCGUUGCUUGUAUGAUGUCCGAUCAACUCAUUCAAAUUGCUCAUGCUCUCGCGCCAUAUCCAAUUGUCUGGUUAUUGAAAGCAAAAUGUCACAAUGAUUUGCCAUCGUCGUUUGCUGAUAAUGAAAAAUAUUUACUUCUCGAUUGGGCACCAUAA